AUGGGAGACCGAUCACGAAGCAGAUCCCCCCGACCAAGGGACAACGGCGACCGAGACCGCCCCAAAAAGACCGGAGGCUUUCGGUGGAAAGACAAAAGUCGCACCGAAGAUUCCCGCGGCGAUGACCGCACACUAGAGCGAGGAUACCGAGACCGCCAAUCCUCUCCUCGGCGCAAUCGAGAUGGCGACCGCUACAGUGACAAACCCAGAGACGACCGCGAUCGACGACGCGACGAUCGGGAUACGCCGCGCGAGGACCGGGAAAAGAAAGUGAAGAAGGAAAAGAAGGUGAAAAAGGUCGCUCCAUCAGAACCUAUGAUCGUUGUUCAUGUCAACGAUCGUUUGGGCACCAAGGCUGCGAUCCCUUGCCUGGCUUCAGAUCCCAUAAGACUAUUCAAAGCCUAUGUGGCUGCUCGGAUUGGUCGCGAAGCUCACGAGAUUCUUCUCAAGCGUCAAGGCGAACGGCCGUUCAAGGACGAGCUCACACUGGAGGAUUACGGUGUGAGCAACGGCGUUCAGCUUGAUUUGGAAGUCGGAACGGGCGAAUAG